CGAAACAAUUGCAUUUUCAUGCAUUUUGUUAAGGAAACAGGAAGGACUUGACGCAAUACAUAUACGUUACAAGUUACUUGUUUGAUUAUUUAUGAAAGUUAUUUAUUAUCACAACAUACAACCGCGUAAAUAAUGGCAUUUUGUUGGAAAUUUGAUAGAAAUAUGGAAGUCAAGGUUUAUUUGGGUUCCUGCUGUUUUUCUCGAUGUUAAAUGUCACUAUAUCUACCUGUGGCGUUAUGAAAGAUUUAAAAGCUGGGGAAAAGUAUGAUGUAAAAAGUCCUGGUUUUCCUUAUGAGUAUGAAGGGGAAAAUCAUUGCAAGUGGGAAAUAAAAGGUUACUAUGUUACUACAGUAAAUUGCAGUAUUGAGAUGCCAGUUUAUCAUGAUAGUUGUACUGAAGAGAAUUUUUCUAUCCUAUUUGAUGGUGAAAAUGAUGCACAGCAAUAUUGUGGUCGUGGGACAAUCUUUCUCAAAGGAAUAAAUCCAACUAUAAAAUUAGAUACACCACGUAACUCAAGAAAAGGUAGAUUUUCAUGCGAAAUUCAGGCAGAGAAUAAAACCAAUUGUAAAUGUGGUUGGAAAAAAGAAACUAGAAUAGUAGGUGGUACGGAAACUGGAGUAAAUGAAUAUCCUAUGAUGUGUGGACUUGUUGAUAGUACUAAAAACGGAAACGAAUCAAUAUUUUGUGGUGGUACUAUAAUAGCUGAAAGCUACGUGUUGACAGCAGCUCAUUGUGUAAAGGACCGAGAUAUUUCUACGAUCGGCGUUGUUGUUGGCGAACACGAUGUAACAACAGGUACAGAGACCAAUGCAACUAAACUGUUUCGCAUAGUCAACUGUAUAAUGCAUGAGCAUUACAACGAUAAUCACAACGAUAACGAUAUAGCUAUUUGUAAAAUUAACGGUACCAUAGAAUAUAGUGCUGAGGUUGGCCCGGCCUGCCUACCAUUUCAACAUAGAGACGACACAUUUGGUGGUGAUAUUGUAACAGCAUUAGGCUGGGGUAUGACGGAAUUUGGUGGCUCCAAAGCGCAUACACUACAAAAAGUAAAGUUAAAUGUCAUAAAUCCUGGAGACUGUGCCAAAUAUGAUUCUGACGUAACUGACAAAAAUAUAUGUACGUACACUCAAGGAAAAGACACUUGUCAGAUGGACAGCGGCGGACCUGAUUUAUGGGAAAAUCCUACUACAAGUCGUCAGAUAAUAUGUGGUAUAACGUCUUCUGGUAGAGGUUGUGGUUCAAACCCUGCAAUUAAUACACGUGUAGGGAAAUUCAUUGGUUGGAUAGUAUCUGUGACACGUGAUGCAAAUUAUUGCCAAGUAGAGUGACCUAUAUAUAUUCAUAAUUUUUUCAUAUAGCUAUGGAUCUUUGUCACGUAACAAGUAAAUCGAGACUUCGCAUUUUUUUCAAAAAAAUGUGUAUAAAAUAUAUCUACUAAUAUUUAAUAUCGCUACUAAUGUUUAAUAACACUGUGUUUAUAUGUAUAUCAACUUUUAAUUACACAUUGACAAUAUUCAAU